GAGCGAGGUUCCAACACUGCGCGCGGAGCCACUCACGCUGUGGUGCUGUGGCGGAAAGGGAGCGGACGCAGCUGAGCUCUGUCGCACGAUUUGAUUCCCCGUUCGAACCCUGUCCCACGUCGUGUCACCCACGGCUGCACUUCGCGAAUAUUAGCCGUCGAUCUCCCGAAACUCCUGACGAAAAUGUCCGCUUCGCCCGUCGCUCGCCAGGCCGUGGCCCAGGCCCAGCCGCAGAGCAUUCCUCGCCGAAUUCAGAUCAACUCGCCGGCCGAGAUGCCCCAUGACUACAGCACCACGCCGGGGGGGACCAUGUUCUCCACAACCCCAGGCGGCACAAGGAUCAUAUAUGAGAGGACCUUCCUGUUACAAAUGAGAAAUUCCCCUCUUGCCAAGAGCCCACCCAAGAACCUCCCCGUGAUCCCAGGGGUCACAGCCAAGGAUGAUGCUGUCGUCCACAGGGAAAAUGGAACCAUCCCUGAGGAACCUGAGAAAACUGGUAAGCUUCUGUUACCUUUAAAAAUGUUGGUAUGAAUGCUUUAACAGUCA